GUAUGUUUACAGCAAUAGUAAAUCUCUCUCUGUUUCUACAGUUUUUUCUUUUGUCCAUUUAUUUCUUGGAGGAAGUAAAAAUUGCAGUCUUUUUUAGCAUAAUUUACCUUCAGUUUAGAUGCUCAUAUAUAUGUAUAUGUGUGUGUGUAUUUAUUUUGUUGGAAGCAUAUUGUCAAGUAGAAUAAUAGAUAUUGAAGAUUUCUUUUACCUCUGUACUCCAAGCAUGUUAAAGGCUCUAAUAUUCCUGCCAGAAGCUGUGUUUUUAGGGUUUUUCUGCUGAUGCAAGAAGCGGGUCCAUGUUAUGAAUACUUUAAUGGAGGAUCAAGGUAGGUAAAGACUCAAUCUUUAAAGUUUCCUAUGUCAUUUCUGCUCAUAUUAUUGAACAAUCAGUCACUUGGGGUUUCUCUAUCUGAAAGGGAAAAAAAACAAAUUCGCUUUAUUAUGCCCAUACAUCCUUGUGAUGUCACACUAUGUAUUGUUUCUAAAUUCUUAAGAUUGUCUAUUUAAUGAAAGAAAUGGAAGAACAGAGUUUGAUUUCUGGGCAUACCCAUGUGAAAAUGUCUUGGAUUCAGCAUAAAAUGUAUCAGAAAGAUGGUGUAAUGACAUACCCACCUCCUAUAUCUCCGUAUGGUGUUAAUAGUAAUUUCCAUAAAGAAUCAAGCCCAUCUUCAUCUGGUACAAGGAUUAGUCCAGCUGCUUUGUUCAUUAUAGUUAUUUUAGCUGUUUUGUUCUUCAUAUCUGGGGUUCUACACUUGCUUGUUAGAUUUCUUACCAAAAGCCAGUCAUCCUCUCAAUCUAAUGGAAAUUUGGAAGUUUCUACCUCUGAUGCACUUGAAAGACAACUGCAACAACUCUUCCAUUUACAUGAUUCUGGUUUAGAUCAAGAGUUUAUUGAUGCAUUACCGGUGUUUAUGUACAAGGAGAUAGUGGGUGGUGCGAAAGAGCCCUUUGAUUGUGCUGUCUGUUUAUGUGAAUUUUCUGAGAAGGACCAACUGAGAUUGCUUCCAGUGUGCAGCCAUGCUUUCCAUAUCAGUUGCAUCGAUACUUGGCUUCUGUCAAACUCGACAUGUCCUCUCUGUAGGGAUACGCUUUUCAAUCCUGAGUUCUCGACAGAAAACCAAGUUUUCGAUUACCGGGAUUUUAGGGAAGAAGAUGGAUUUCAGGGUAAUGGAGAGAAUGGAUUUUCAUCUGGUCUAAAGACGGUGCAAAUUCAGGAAGUAGCUGCAGAAAAGGGUGUUUUUCCUGUGAGGCUUGGUAAAUUCAGAAAGUUGAAUAAUGAGCAAGUGCAGGAAGACAUAGGAGAGACUAGUAGCAGUAAAUUGGAUGCUCGAAGGUGUUAUUCAAUGGGGUCUUAUCAAUAUGUCGUUGGUGAUGCUAAUCUAAGGGUAGCUGCCUCGAGCCAUGAUCAAAAUGGUCACAAUUUGAAGCUUGUUGUGGGGACAGAACAAGCUAGUAAUCUCUCGCCUGAUCGAAGGGAAGAAAAUGGGAAGAAAAUUAGUAUUGGGACGAAAACUGAUAGCUAUUCAGUUUCCAAGAUAUGGUUAUGGUCAAAGAAGGGCAAAUUUGCUGGCUCUUCGAAUGCACAAAUUGACAAUCCCUCUUCUCUUAAUAUGGACUUACCGUGGAUGCAGAGAACAGAAGGCCUCUGAGAGUAAUUUGCUUUUUUAUUUUAAAUUUUUUGAUUAAUUGCUGAUUGGUAAAUUACAGUGUUGGCUUUCUUCUGUUCGGAAACUUUAUGUACACAGGUAGUAAUGGAAGUCUGAAUUUCCCGGUGUUGCAAGUUAAUUUAUUGUGCCUCUUUGAUAAGAUUCAUCUUGGUGUACAGUCUUGAUGUUUGAUCUCAACAUUUUGACAUGACUAUAAAUUGGACUUAGAACUUGUUUCGACAUGAGAUAUUGCACUAUGGAACAGGGGUAUUAUGUUUCAGUUGAACCAGUCGAAGGGUCUCGAUUUUGUGAUAAACGGUUGGUCGAAACUUGUCAUGCAAAUUGUCUUUUCAUCAAAGCAGAGGGCAAUUAUCUUUUCUUUUC